CCACGGAGGAGAGCGUCAUUGGAACUGAAACCAGCUGCCGUGCAGCCGAGCGCAUGAACGGGUGCCACGUACGGAUGCGUUGGCGCGCUGCGCAGUCUGUUUAUCUUCUUCCUUGACAAGGAUCACAACCCUCCUUCUUCUUUCUUCUUCAAGGAUCACAACCCUCCUCCUCGUUGUCCUGCUUCUUCUUCUUCUUCUUCUUCUUCUUCUUGCCUCCUUGCGUAUUUCUCGCUUAGUAGGAGGAGAGGAGGAACGGUAAUCAUUCUCAUCUCGACAAGUGCACUCCACUAGGAGGUUGGUCCUCAGCUCUUCUCGGCAGGACAGAGAAAGUGAUCCGUGCACAGUGAUUGACUGAUUGAUUGACUGGUAAGAAGGUCGAACGAGGCGCAGAACGGGCAAGCUCCGUAACUCUAGACAGCGAUUCACCGCAGGAGAGAGAGAGGGUGCUAGAGAUAUGAAAGAUGUGACGACCGUUCGAUUUUGAUGUCCAAGGCGUCAUGAUCGUUGGAUGACUGCAAUUUUUUUAUUUUUUGUGGAGAUUGGGAUUGGGAUUGGGAUUGGGAUUGGGGUCUCGAUCGACUAUCAUCGCCUGGAAAAGAUGAUGGGUAUGGACGGCGGCGGAGGAUCGUACGGGGGCAAAAUGGGAGACGCCAACGACCGACGAUCGAUGGAUCGCAAGAAUGUCGUCGUGUGCGACAAUGGAACGGGAUUUGUCAAGUGUGGGUUUGCCGGUGACAAUUUUCCUGCAGCAGUAUUUCCCUGCAUGGUGGGAAGGCCAAUGCUUCGCUAUGAGGAGGCGUUGAGGCCGAACACGUUGAAAGAUCUAGUGGUUGGCCAGCGGUGCUCAGAGCUUCGCCAUCAGCUCGAGGUGACAUACCCGAUUAAGAAUGGAAUUGUGCAGGACUGGGACGAUAUGGGCAGCGUGUGGGACCAUACCUUCUUUGAUAUUCUUAAGCUUAACCCGCCUGAAUGCAAGAUUCUGCUCACUGACCCGCCUCUUAACCCUAGGAGGAACCGGGAACGAAUGGUCGAGACAAUGUUUGAGAAGUAUGGAUUUCGUGCAAUGUACAUUCAAGUUCAGGCAGUGCUGACACUGUAUGCCCAAGGUCUGCUGACCGGGCUGGUCGUCGACUCGGGCGACGGUGUAUCGCAUGUGGUGCCAGUUGUGGAUGGCUUUGCGUUUCCACACUUGACGAAUCGCCUGAAUGUGGCGGGUCGUCAUAUCACUGCCUACUUGGUGGACUUGCUGUUGAGGAGAGGCUACGCAUUCAACCGAACGGCGGAUUUUGAGACCGUAAGAGAAUUGAAGGAACAACUGUGUUAUGUGAGUUACGACUACAAGCGCGAGAUGCGGCUUGCGAGAGAAACCACCGUUGUCAUGAAGACCUACACGUUGCCCGACGGCAGGGUCAUAAAGAUCGGCCAAGAACGCUUUCAGGCGCCGGAGGCUCUCUUCUCACCGGAGUUGAUUGAUGUCGAAAGCGAGGGGUUACCCGACAUGGUGUUGAAGUGCAUACAAGGGAUGGAUAUUGACAAUCGAAUGGCGCUUUACCAACACAUUGUAUUGAGCGGCGGGACCACCAUGUACCCGGGGUUUCCAACGAGAUUGGAGAAGGAGAUUCGUGAGCUGUAUUGUAAGGUGGUGCUGAAGGGUAAUGCGGAGGGAAUGAGGCGUCUUCGGCUGCGCAUAGAAGAUGCACCCUAUCGCAAACACACAGUUUAUCUUGGGGGUGCAGUUCUGGCAGACAUCAUGAAGGACAAGCCAGAGUUCUGGAUAUCCAAAAUGGAAUACCAAGAACAGGGGCUCCGCCGACAUGGAAGGAGGAGGGGUUCGAAGAAGCUUCGACAGGCUGCUUCGGUGAGCACAGGCAUGGGCGAUGGAUACAGAAAGGGGGCACAGGGGUAUGGGAUGGGGGGGGGGGGCUAUGGAGUUGGGGGGGGGGGUGGAGCAGAGCGUGCAUCACAGACGACGAUGGCCGACAGGAUGAAAGAGGAGGUUAGAGAGCAUAAGCUAUACGUUGGCAAUCUCGAUCAUCGGCUCACCGAGUAUCAUGUCAUCAAAAUGUUUACUCCUUUUGGAAAGAUCAAGAGGGAGGAAUACAUGUGGCACACACAUGGACCGAGACGGGGAGAGCCACGCGGAUUCGCGUUCGUGGAGUUCUCAAAACGAGAGGUGGGCGGGCCGGUGGACCUCCUCGCACAAGCUGCUGAGGCAGCGCUUCCGCAUGGCAUCCGCAGGAAUGAAUGAAUGGCUGGACGCAGCCUCUUGAUUUANCACACUGCAGACCUCCUCGCACAAGCUGCUGAGGCAGCGCUUCCGCAUGGCAUCCGCAGGAAUGAAUGAAUGGCUGGACGCAGC